GACAGUAAAGAGAAUACGCUAUACUUUCAACAUGCUGAGAACCUUCUGUACUCUUAUUGCUCUAGCAUGUGUGGAUGCUGCAAAAGUGUUGACCCAGACACCACCUGUCCACACAGUUUCUCCAGGAGACGAGGUUCUGCUCAAAUGCAAUGUUCAGAGAGAUGAAGGCUAUUAUGUCAGCUGGUACAAACAGGUCCCUGGUUCUACUCCUCAGUAUAUUCUGAAAUUUUAUCAUAGCCACAGUUCACCCAGCUUUGGAACAGGAUUCUCCUCAGACCGAUUUAAUUCUAAAGCCUCAUCAAACAUUGAUUAUCAGUUAAUCAUCAAGCAAGCAGAAGCAGGAGACUCUGCUGUGUAUUACUGUAGCACAUGGGACAGCUCUGCUAAUGAUGUGGUAUUCGGACAAGGCACCAAGCUGAUUGUGACAAGCUCCAGCCUCCCUCCUCCUGUCCUGACAGUCUUCCCUCCGUCCAGUGCUGAGCUCCAGUCCGACACAGCUUCUCUGGUCUGUCUGUCCAGUCAGUCUGUGCCUUUUGCAGAUGUGAGCUGGUUGGCUGGUGGGAGUCCAGUGAGCAGUGGGAUCUCUACCAGCACUGCUGUUCAGAGACCAGACCAGACUUACCAAAUCAGCAGCUCUCUGACCAUCCAGACAUCAGACUGGAACAUGGAUAAGGUUUAUACAUGUAAAGUGUCUUUGGGCUCACAGACUUCAGAGAAAACCAUCAGCAAAUCAACCUGUAGCACUGACUAGCAGACGGGUCAGAAUCAGCAUUUAAA